AUGGAUUUGAUUUCUCAAGAAUGUUUUUCAAGUAUAAGAAAUCAGAACCCAAUUCUAGCUGACAUACUAUAUUAUGGCCAAUUAGAAGAUAUUGUUGAGAUGAACAGGGUGAGGAGGCUCUUCGGCCCAGAUGGUGAUCGAAGACGGAGUAUCACCCCGAGUACUGGUGCUGAUGAUACACCACCAUCUCUGGAUGCAGAUGCGAGUUAUUCAUCACCCAGCCCUCCUGAUGCAGCACCAGAACCAUCCUCCGAUGAAGGUGCUAAGCCAAAUCGCAUAGAGGGCCGACAUGGCGGAGAUAAAUCUGAAUCUAAACAACCACCAAGAGGAAUGAUGGCGGAAAAAUCAAAUAUACCGAUACACUUAAAGGCAAAAGCGGCAUAUGGUACUUUCCGUGAUAGGUAUAGGGGUGAGGAGAAGAAUCGGAAAAAGAUCAAGACUGCAUCCAAGGAGGCUGCAUCAAUGAGGAUGUCGCAGGAGGAGGAACAAGGGAAGCCGGAUCCUCAUAUGCUUUCUACAGAGGAGAACAUCAUUCUCACGCAGAACGUUGACCCGGAGCUGUAUAUUCAGGUGACUACUGAGAUGAUCAGAGUUGCGAGGACGGCCAAUUCAAUGGACGAUCUCAUGGGGUACGUUAUGGAAUAUUUAGGUGGUGCGAUUCCCUAUAGCACGUACGGUGGUAUCAUACGGAUCAUAAGCUCGAUUGGCGAUAAUUCCAGCGCUAGGCAGAGAAGCGUUCAGAGUGGAAAUAUUGGAGGGAGCAGCACCCGUUCUCAUAAUCGGGAUAGAAAUGCUACCGCAACGACGAUAGCUGAGCACUCUACUUUUAUUCAUGUCGUGUACCAUAUCUUAUUCAUGUGUAUUACUAGUGAACAUGUGGUUGGAUGUGUAUAUUGGAUGGAAUUGAUUGAUGUAUAUUUUGGAUUGGAUGCUGGCCAUUGCAACACAGAACAUGACUCUGACUGUUGUAAAGUAGGGACGAUCUAUCCUCAAUCAUGCUCUCCUCCCAUUACGAGUAACACCCGUGCGACAAUGACCAUGAAUAGUUUUGCGAAGGGCAGACAUGAAGGAGGCCCAUCAGAGUGUGACAACCAAUGCCACAGAGAAAGUGGAAUGGUGAUUGCAUUGUCAACAGGUUGGUACAAUGGAGGGAGCCGAAGCCUAAACUACAUCAAUACCAAUGCUAAUGGCAAGUCGGUGAGAGCCAAAGUGGUGGAUGAGUGUGAUUCUGUGCACGGUUGUGAUGCCGAUCAUGACUUCCAGCCCCCUUGCCCCAAUAAUAUAGUGGAUGCAUCUCCGGCAGUGUGGAAGGGGUUGGAUAUACCGGGGUCUCAAGUUGGGGAUUACGACAUUACAUGGUCUGAUGAUUGCCAUCCAAGCGGAUAUUUGCGAGGAAAGACUGGCCACUGCAACACAGAGCACGACUCUGACUGCUGCAAAGCAGGGAAGAAGUACCCUCAAUAUCGCUGCUCUCCUCCCAUUACGGGCACCACCCGCGCGACAAUGACCAUCAACAGCUUUGCCGAGGGUGGUGACGGAGGCGGCCCAUCCGAGUGCGAUAACCAGUACCACAGCGACGGUGAACUGGUGGUAGCAUUACAUGCAUUGUCUACUGGCUGGUACAAUGGAGGAAGCCGAUGCCUGAACUACAUCAACAUCAAUGCCAAUGGUAAGUCAGUGAGAGCCAAAGUGGUGGAUGAGUGUGAUUCUGUGCACGGUUGUGAUGCCGAUCAUGACUUCCAACCUCCCUGUCCUAAUAAUAUAGUGGAUGCUUCUCCGGCAGUGUGGAAGGCGUUGGAUAUCCCCAAGUCUCAGGUAGGGGAUUAUGACAUUACAUGGUCCGAUGCUUGAGACUUCAGUCUGUCAAUAUUUAAGGCUCAAAGCUGUCUGUUUAUGUGUUUAAAUAUAUAGCGUGCUAAAUCUGUACUGCUGCCUGGUGUAUGGUGUAUGCUAGCUAGUAGUUUUGCAUUUCAAAGUUGAGUGGCGUAAUUAUACAA